GAAUGUCUCAGAAGAAUGCACACACAGCAACACUUGCACUGCAACCAGAAGCCAGCCACUACUCAGUAGGAGAUUGGAGCUGAGAGCAGCAGCAGCAGCAGCAGCUAGGAAGAUGAAGAGCCUGCAAGGUGAGGUCCACCUGAACAUCCCUGCAUCCAAGGCAUGGGAGAUGUUCACCAACAAUGAGACCCUGGGCAAGAUCAGCCCCGAAAUGCUGUCGGGCGCCGAGUACCUUGAAGGAGAUGGCAGCCCUGGCAGCCUCAGGAUCUUCAAGCUAGGACCUGCACUUCAUCACUUUGUCAAGGAAUCUGUUCAGAAGGUUGAGAAGGUCGAGACAGGCCGGUCCUUCGGCUAUGAAGUGGUCAGCGGUGAGCUGAAGGAGGUCUAUGAUCCCUACCAUGUCACCUUCUCCUUCGCCCCCGUCCCGGGGAAGGAAGGCGAGCAGUGCGUCGCUGGGUGGAAGGCUGAGUUUGAGCCCAUCACCCCCACUUCCCCGCCACCAGAGAAGGCCAAGGAUGCCGCCCUCGGGUUUCUUAAAUUGUUUGAGACUUGCGAAGCCACUAACUAGUAAAAUGACAAAAGCUGUUGUCAUCUUAAUGAAGAUAAGUAUGAAGAAACCUAUGGGUAGGACAGCGUAUAGAGUACUAGGCUUGACAUGUGUAAUACCUGCCUAGUACCUUUCUGGAAGUGUGCUAUGCCAAGUGCUAUGUAAUGUAAUAACCCUGUACUAAUUACUCUAGACCCAAAAAGGAGUCCAUAUAUGCUUCUUGUAUAUGUAUGGCUGAAAAUGAGAUAAUGUGUGUGAAGAUUCUAGAAAAACAA